AUGCCCAGAAAUAAGCAGGCUGGCCGCCCCUUGCCUCCCCUUGCGGCCUGCAGGCAUGUGCGCCUGCCACCCGACAUCGUGCAGCUGGUGCCCAAGGGCCGCCUGAUGUCGGAGGUGGAGUGGCGCGGGAUUGGCGUGCAGCAAAGCCGGGGCUGGGUUCGCUUUGCGGUGCACCAGCCCGAGCCGCACAUCCUCAUGUCCCGGCGCCCGCUGGAUGCGGCGGCGAUCCAGGCCCGCUACCAGGCCGCCGCCGCACACCCCAUCGGAGGCUACUGA